AUGAAAAGCAGAUGUCGAGGAUCUAGAAAACGGAAAGAAAAUGAAGGAUUAGGAAAGGAUGCAGAUAAACCGACUGACCAUGGUGAAGGACAACAGACUGCUCGCAAAUCCUCCGGUGGUAAAACACCCAGGAAGCAACUGGCUACAAAAGCUGCUCGCACAAGUGCGCCCUCUACUGGAGGGGUGAAGAAACCUCAUCGCUACAGGCCUGCUACUGCGGCACUCCGUGAAAUUAGGCAUUAUCAGAAGUCCACUGAACUUCGGAUUCGCAAACUUACUUUCCAGUGUGUGGUGCGAGAAAUUGCUCAGGACUUUAAGACAGAUCUGCGCUUCCAGACCGCAGCUACUGGUGCUUUGCAGGAGGCAAGUGAGGCCUAUCUGGUUGCCCUUUUUGAAGACACCAACCUGUGCUAUCUGUGCCAUGGCAAAUGUGUAACAAUUAUGCCUAAAGACAUCCAGCUAGCACGCCGCAUAUCUGGAGAACGUGCUUAA